CCGACCGACACCAAGAAGUGUAUGUGAAAAGGAAGACACAAAAAUUCACUGUUCUAUUCCGCGCGGCGCCCGCUCUUUUCCUUGCUCUUCCUCCGCAAAAAGAGUAGGAAAUGCUAACACAAACAAAAUACAAGUGCAAGUGCAUCGCGUGAGAGAUCUGUGUGUGAGUGUGUGCGUGUGUUUGUGUCUGUGUGUGUGUGUGCGAAAGCGAGUGCAAGGAACACAGACGGAAGUACCUUUGACUUGUUCUUCUGCUCCUCCUACACACGCUCUCUUUUGUUUGCUCUGCUUUGGCGCUGACAUUCGCAAAGACAACAACAAUAACGGCUUUCGAGUAACGGUCAAAUGCAAGCAGUGUGAGACAGGAUUAGCCCCAAAAACACAGCACCACCCACCAGACAGCACCCCACUCUACGACAAUGGCCCCAUGGCGCAGCAGAUAGCAACAGCAGCGAUAGAAACAGCGCUGCAGCACAACCAGGAAAUCAUCAAUGUAUCAGUAGCAGCAGCAGAGAACUGCAGCUAGAAAGCAACAGCAAGCAAGCGAGCAAGCAGUGCAUUAGCAAAGUGCAUGCAUUACCUUACGUCGCACACCGAUACGUAGCCAUUAAGCGCGACACGUAGUGCAGCAGUUGUAGGCAAACCACAAAGCAACAAGAACACAACGCCUGUCGAUUGUGUCAGCCAUUCUGGGAUCUGGACAUAUCCGCUUCCGCAUUGCUCAAGAAUCGAAGCCCAGAGCCCCCCGCAAAAAACGCCCGCGCCAGAACGUCACAGUGGAGCAAACAGAUCACAAAUCAAAUCCCCCCACCACGGAUACCCAUCUAGUGGCUGCCACUAGUCGCGCGUGCAGGAUUCAUUUAUUUUAAAGGUGGCUGCAUGUCCAAAAUGAAAAUGCUCCCAGUACAGUUAUCAUUGAAUUCGCUCAAUCCCGGCAUCUGGAGCGAUGUGCUGUGGCGCUGCCCACCGGCACCGUCCAGCCAGCUGGCGGAGCUGAAAACCCAGUUACCCCCAUCGUUACCCUCCGAUCCGCGUCUGUGGAGUCGCGAGGAUGUGCUCGUCUUCCUGCGCUUCUGCGUGCGCGAAUUUGAUCUACCGAAGCUCGACUUUGAUCUCUUCCAGAUGAACGGCAAGGCGCUGUGUCUGCUGACGCGUGCCGAUUUUGGACACAGAUGCCCCGGCGCCGGGGACGUGCUGCACAAUGUGCUGCAGAUGCUCAUCAUUGAGUCGCACAUGAUGCAGUGGCAUUUGCCCAAUAGCCCGGUGACGCCAACCAGCCGGUACCCACUGUCGCCGCAAAGCCACCCGCCGACAAUGACAUGGCCGCCAUUGAAUGCCCCGCCCGAGAGCAAUAAUCCCUUCCACAAUACGGCGCACCACCUGGCGGCGCAUCAUUUUAUGGCGCCCAAUUCGGUGACGCUCAGUCCCCCGCCGUCGGUUGAUUCGCAGGCCAGCAGUCCGCCUCAGGCACCGUACCAGAACCAGAACGGAGGCGCUCCAGGCUCGGUACACACCACCAACGGAGGAUCCAACAGUGUGGCAACUUCAAACAGCGGACCAUCGGCGCCGCCCUCCUCCAGCUCUGGCAGCAGCACGAACAGCAAUGGCUCGGCCAUGCCCAUGAAGGGGAUCAGCAGUGCCAGCAGCAAUCACAGCGACUCCGAGGAGGAGUACUCCGCGUCAGAGCCAAAGAUGGCAACCGGCGGAAUGCCACCAGCGCCGCUCUCCUACAGCACGGCCAGCCCACCGGGCACGCCCAUACUGAAGGAUAUUAAACCCAAUUGGACGCAGCAGCUGACGAAUAGCUUUGUCAAUUCGUGGUCCCAACAGCAACAACAACAACAACAGCAGCAGAUGCAGGCGGUGCAACAACAGCAACAACAACAACAACAGCAGCAGCAGCAGCCACAGAAGCUGACGCUGGAUAACACAGCUGGACCAGUGGUGACACCCGCUGGGGGCUCCAUUUCGGCCCCGACCACGCCCAGUUAUAUGUACAAAGCCAAAAGGGAAUUCUUUCCAGAGAACUCCGAGCCCAAUACAAAUGGUCGCCUUUUGUGGGACUUUCUGCAGCAGCUGCUGAACGAUCGCAACCAGAAGUACAGCGAUCUGAUUGCCUGGAAGUGCCGCGAUACGGGCGUCUUUAAGAUUGUGGAUCCCGCCGGGCUGGCCAAGCUGUGGGGCAUCCAGAAGAACCAUUUGUCCAUGAACUACGACAAGAUGUCGCGUGCCCUGCGGUACUAUUAUCGCGUUAAUAUCCUGCGCAAAGUGCAGGGCGAACGGCAUUGCUAUCAGUUCCUGAGGAAUCCCACGGAGCUGAAGAACAUUAAGAAUAUAUCGCUGUUGCGGCAGUCCACACCUGCAGCGAGUGCUGGCAAUGGCGGAGCCCAGGGGAUGACGCAAGGCAAUGGCCAACCAGCGCCCAGCAGCCCAGCAGCGGUCCAGAACUGGAGCCAACAACAGCAGCAGCAGCAACAACAGCAGCAACAGCAACAACAGCAGCAACAGCAAUCCCCCCAGCGUCCUGCCUCCCGUAAUGGUCCCAUGAGUCUGCCCGCUGUGGCAGCAGUGGCUGCAGCAGCAGCUGCCGCUUAUGGUCCGCCACCCACAUCGCCGCUCUUCAUGCACGCCAUCAACGGAGCCUUCCACUAUCUGUCCGCGACGGCGGCCGCUGCCGGAGCGCCACCCAAUUCCCCAGCGCUGCAAACGCCCGGAGCCGUAGGGCCGGACAAAUUUCAAUUCCAUCCACUGAAGCUGGAGAAUGGUGGUGGGAGCUCGGGAUCGGACAGCGCCGGCGAGGACCUGAAGCCCACGGAUCUGAGUGUCAGCGGCAAGAGUGCCGCCGCCGCAGCUGCCAGCAACGAGGACUGCUAUCCGCUCAUACGCAAUGCCGAUGGAUUGACGACCAUUAAGCUGAUACGCUACAACGAUCAUCAGUCGGCGCCCUCGCCCGCAGAACAGUCGCCCAAGCCGGAGGAGCAGCAGCAACAGUUGUCCGCUGGCUCCAAUUCGCCAAAGCCCAUGGAGGCGAGCGAUCAGCAGGCCCAGCCUGUGCCCAUGGACAGCAGUGAUUGCAAUGGCAGUGUUGAGGUGUCGGAGGAGGCGUUAGCUGCGUUCCGGCAUAUGCGGCAGUAGAAGCACCCCCUUCCACCCCACAAAAAUUACCUGAGCUAAAAAUGGGACCAGCACACACACACACACCCCCUAUGCCCGCCCCCUAGCUGGAUGUGGUUGCCUUUUGUACAUAGAAAAAACAUUUGCAUCAAUAUAUAUAUAUAUAUUUUAUACAUCAAAUUAUUUAUUAAGCUAAGCUAACGUGAGAGAGAGAGAGAGGAGAUACCGAGCGAGCAUGUAAUUUCGAUUUUGUUGUAAGUAGAUUUCUUGAAAAAAAAAAAAUACGGCGCAGCGCAGCCUUUGAUUAUGUGCCAAUUUUUACAUUAAAACAGAAUUAAAUUAUAAGUUUUCACACCUCCCUCCCCCCACACAUCAACAACAAUCAUACGAGUAGCGAGUAACGAAGUAGAUUCUAGCGAGCGCCCCCCCUUAGCGAGUAAGUGUUGCCACCUUUGAGCUUUACAAAUGUUGCCUCAACAAAAUGGUUUCAAAUUUAUGAAAACGAAAAACAAAACAAACAAAAAACAUAAAAAAACAAUUGUUAAAAAUACGAUGCGAAAUAUGAAAGAAAGAAAAGAAAAUUGUUAAUUGAUAUACAACAAAAUAAUCAGCGAGAAGAGAAGAUAGAGAGAGAUUGAUUUCUUGUGAUAACAGAUUCAUUGGCUGGAGAAGAGGUGAGCGAGUGCACAGAGGAGGAGUAACGACGGCCACAGAAAAGCAAAACAGUUAUGGGAAGCCAUGGAGUGUGGAAACUGAAACAGUAUCCUCCAUACUGUUGCUCUCUGGCGGCCUACUGCUGCUGCCUGCCUGCUGCCUCUCACGACAGCCGCAACCAGAGAGCUUUCAAAAUUCAAUUUCAAUUGGAGAAACCCCCUUAGCCCUUAGAUACAAGAACAUGAAGAAAAUAAAACAUUGGCUUCCAUUUUUAUAGCAAUGAUUAUGAGCAUUAUAAUAUAUAUACACAUUUAGUUUUCAAUUAAAAACAAUAUGCAUAGGAUUAUUAUUAUUAUUAUUAUAUAUUUGUAUGUUAGUUUUCUAAGCGGCUGCGCCCCCACCCCACCCCCAAGGAAGAUCUGUGGAACCGCAGCAAAAAAAGCAAAAAGUGUUCAUUUAAGCAUUAACAAUUUUAGUUUGUAAAACAAUUGCACCACGCCCCUCCCACCCCACCACCAACCGCCCAUACAACCCAUAAACACACAAUAGAAAUUUUGUACAUUUUUGAAGCACACUUUAUUAAUUAUAUUAAAAAGAAAGCAAAAAAACAUAAAUGGAAUGAAAUGGAAAUGGAAUGGAGAUCCACACGCACGCUCAUCCAACUUAGCUUUUAGUGCCUGUAAUUAUUAUUAAUUAUUGCAUAGAUCUUAUAGUAAAUACAUCUAAUUUUUCGUACAUACACAUACAUAUACAUAUAUAUUUUGUAUCUGUUUUUUUCGCUUACGCAUUAAGUUUAAACACACCGCCAAUAGCUAAUAAUUAGCACUCUAGUGUCGCCACAAUACCUGUUCUUCCAUUUGCAAACAACAAACAAAACAAAAAGAAACCUUUACCGAUUAUAUCUUUCGAUCAAUACAUAUGCAUACAUAGUUUAUGUGUAUAGAAAAAAAUAUUAAAGAAAAACGGAAACAAA